AGACUUCAGAAGCUAAUUUAAUUUUAAGUUAAACCGUUAAAAUGUUUCAAAAUGUGAAGAAAGUUGCUCCUCGAUUAGCCCGCCAUUAUACUGCAAAGGCGAAACGCACCGUUUUGUCACAGGACACGACGAAAAUCAAAAAUUUGGAACAGAAAAUCUCUGGAACGCAUGAGAAUCGUGUGUAUGUGUGGGGCUUUCAGGAGACAGGGGCCCUGGGGCUGCAGACGAACAUUAAGAAGGCCCAAGAGCGUUACACUGAAAUGGUUCAUCAUCCGACAAGGCUCCAGUUUUCCAAUAACAAUGAUGUAACGGAUGUGGCAGCUGGUUACGGAUUUACAGCGUAUGCUGUGAAACGUUCGGAUGGGGAGACACUGUUUGGCAGUGGCAUCAACACUGACUCCCAGCUGGGUUUUCAAUUCAAGCCGAAUGUGAAUGCAGCAAAGGAUCCCGCCAAUCUGGAUGUCAUCAUUUAUCCUACAGCAAUACGCUUGCCUCGCAUCGAAGGCGACACGGAUGAGGGCAUGCAGGUGAGGAGCAUGUCGGCAGGUCGAGCCCAUCUCGUUGUGGUUACACAGAAUGGCACGGUCUUUACGCUGGGCAACAAUUCCUAUGGCCAAUGUGGUCGUCUAAUCAUCGAGGAGGAGUGUUAUACUCGUAGUGCGGUUAUCCAUCGCAUUCCACAGGCAGAUAUAUGUGGCGAGGAGGAUGAAAUCGUGAGCGUCGAGUGUGGACAGGAUCAUACCAUGUUCUUGACCAAACUGGGCAAGGUUUACACCUGUGGUUGGGGUGCCGAUGGACAGACGGGUCAGGGCAAUUAUUAUUCCGCUGGCGCAAUUACUCUAAUUGCCGGUGAUAUUGAAAAGGAGCGUAUUGUGAGGAUCGCCUGUGCAUCCGACUGUGUAUUGGCCCUGAACGAGCAUGGCGAUGUGUUUGGCUGGGGAAACUCGGAAUACGGCCAGCUGGACGAUUCACCCGAUGCUGAGAUGCAGUUGAGCACACCGAGAGCCUUAAAGCUAACCAAGGACAUGGGCAAAGUGAAGGAUGUGGCAGCUGGCGGCUCCUUUUGCAUGGCUCUCAACGAUCAGGGCCUGGUCUACACCUGGGGCUAUGGCAUCUUGGGCUUUGGGCCCCACGUCGAGCAGACCUCGAAGCCACAACAUCUGCUCCCACCUCUAUUUGGACGCAACGACUUUAGCAAUGCCACAACAGUGGUUUCCAUUGGUUGCGGCGUCUUUCACAUGGGCGCCAUUAACUCCGAUGGGGAUCUCUUUAUGUGGGGAAAGAAUAGAUUCGGCCAUUUGGGUUUGGGCCACAAAAAGGAUCAGUUCUUUCCCUUCAAAGCAGCGCUCAAUGGCAAGGUGUCCAAGGUAGCCUAUGGAGUGGAUCACACCAUAGCCCUAUGCCGACCUCAUGUAUAAAUUUAAAAAAAAAGCAUUUUUUACACUAAAAUAAAAGUUAUAAAAUUAUAA